UGUUGCUCAUGUAAGACGAGCCAUUUUCCAAUGCAUCUUAAGUAAGAUGUUAUGAAAAGCAUCACAGCACUGCACUUCUUCUACAUGGUCAUGGUCAUCCUGGGCCGGUUUGGUGUCAUCCAGUAUAGAUCACGCUAUGUUUUCAUGUACCUGCUGUGGACGUUGCUGUGGGUCGGCUGGAAUGUCUUUGUCAGCUGUCUCUACCUGGAUUUGGGAGGUCUCUCAAAGAUUGAUGUCUUCUCGCUGGGAGUAUCAUCGCAUUGCUCUGGUGGAAGGACACCGGUCCGAGGCACGAGAGCGAGGGCCUUCCCUGAGCAGAACCAGCAAAACCCACAGCUGACCACGGUGCUGAGCUGGCUGGAAUACCAGUACAUCGAAAUCCUGCACCGCAUCGUCCAGUUACUCGUAUCCCUCCCCGGAUUUGUUUAUGCCUUCUACAUCGUCAGCACUUUCUCAGAGGAGGAAGACAGCUGCAUGCUCCUGAUUCUAAAUAACCACACAUGUAAAGUGGUUGAGGGAAACCAAGAAGGAACCGGGCCGAAGGAAGGAACUGCCAUCAUGUAGUUAGCGUAUAAUUUUCAAUAAAAACACCUGUUGCAAAACCACGCAUCAAUGCGCUGGUCCAAACAAUAUUACUGUUAAAACUGAUGAAGUAACAAUUCUAACUUGUGUAUGAUUUAAUUCAGUAAAAUAAACACUCGCAAAACAGCU